AUGACAAAUAGAAGGGUUAGAAAAAUAGCUGGCCAUGCCUUGGAUAAGGACAGGCUCGUGCAUAAGCCGUGUCCACCCGCUAGAACGGAGGAGUUGAUCUCUUGGAAGCCGCCUCCUCCCGAGUGGGUUUGCCUCAACUCUGACGGCUCUGUUCUCCCUGAGUCGGGUCUUGCCGCUGCAGGAGACCUGAUUCGUGAUCAUUUAGGGCGCUGUCUUUCGCCGUUCACUUUGAACCUGGGUGCUUGUACGAUUACCCAGGCUGAGUUGAGGGGUGCUGUGAAAGGUCUCCAGGUUGCGUGGGACAAGGGAUACAGACGAGUUCGUGUCCAGCUCGAUUCUCAGUGUGCGGUCCAGCUGAUUGGACAUGCGGAUACAGGGAACCAUCAUUGUGCUGCCAUUCUUGAUCGGUUCUGGGAGCUGCUUUCACGACACUGGGAUGUCAUCAUUGAGCAUGUGUAUAGAGAGGGUAAUAGAUGUGCUGACUUCCUGGCUAGUAGGGGACAUGUCGUUCCUUUUGGGUUUCAUGAGGUUGCGAGUGCCGAUCCGAUACUUUUAUAUUGGAUUAUGUAUGACUGUCAAAGUAUUUCCGAAUCCCGGUUGGUUUUGAAUAAAGGUUAG